CAUUUUCCCCACUAUAUAAAUAAAAAUUUAGGACCUCAUCGUCAUCUACAUAUCCGUUCAUUUCUAGGGUUUAUUGUGAUCCCAAAUUCUCUCUCUCUCUCUCUCUCUCUCUAGGGUUUUCGCCGCCUCUACCAGAAAAAAAUCAUGCCUCGUCGUAGCUCUGGAAGAUCUGCUCCUCGUCCUGCGCCUCGUGCGGCCCCUCGUCCUGCUCCAGCCCCAGUUCAACAUGCUCCCCCACCAGCUCCCAUGCAAAGUAGUGGUGGUGGCAUGCUUAGUGGUAUUGGUUCUACCAUAGCUCAAGGGAUGGCCUUCGGUACUGGAAGUGCUGUGGCACACAGGGCUGUAGAUUCUGUUAUGGGCCCACGCACCAUUCAACAUGAAACUGUCGCUGCUGAGGCAGCUGCUGCUGCUCCAGCGGCCACUACAAGCGGUGCAGGUUCUGAUGCUUGCAGUAUGCACAAUAAAGCAUUCCAAGACUGCAUUAACAGCUCCGGAAGUGACAUUGGCAAGUGUCAGUUCUACAUGGACAUGUUGUCCGAGUGCAGGAGGAACUCAAUGCUGAAUGCUUAAGCUUGUUGGUUGGGUGUCAAUUUAAUAUUUUUGAACUCCAUUCUUAAUCCGAUUGUUGAAACAAUGAUGAUAUUAUGAUCAAGAACUAGCUGGCUUUUGGCAAGUGAAUUGGUUCUUGAUAUGCUGUUCCCCUAAUAAUUAUAGGCUUGAGCCUGAAGUAUUGGGACUUCUAUAGACCUGUCUAUGAUACUAUAUUUCAGUUCGCUUUUUAUGCCAUGAUGCAUCUGCCUUUGGCUUAA